AUGAGCGGCAGCAAAAACGACUUUUACGAUCUGGACUUGCAGCGAAACUUUCCUCGAGACCGUUUUCGGUCGAAUCCGUACGAAACCGUGGAUUCGAUCAGUCGCGAGCGCCACCCCGUGCAAGUGCUGGAGGAACGCGACCGCACCCGUUACCGCGAGGAACGCGUGCGUUGGCUCGCUCAAGUAUACGGAACACACUUGCCGCUGAGGCUGCUGUUCGAGGAGCACAUCAUGCGAGAAGUCUAUCGUCCAGUGACCAUGCGCUCCUCGUGCCUGGGCUGGGAGGUACUAAGCGGUGCAAUCGAAACACUCCAGCCUGGCGAGUUUCACGCACGCGCUGGUCGGCUGGAAAGCUUGGAUGAGCGCGUGUUGGAUGUACACCUCGCCAUGGAGAAGCGAAUGGGCCUUGAACACGACUGA